GCGCAAUACACGGCUGCUGAGGGAACCGUGGUCUGCGGACAGGGCAUCCUAUCGAUCAUACCUGGACUACUCGGCUUAAUCAAAAAGAAGAAAGAAAGAAAUACGGCCAUCUCGUACUUACUAGUAUCUUCCCACUUCCCCGUCGUGGUUUCGAGGUUUUACCCUCUCAUCGGCGGCAGCAUGCCCGCCAAGGUGCUGCAUGGCCUAGACCGUGACGUCUACCAGGUCAUCAGGAAAUUCGAGGACGAGCGUGAGCGAAACCAGCCCGAAGACAGGAAUCGGAGCCGGCCACCGAAAUUCACCGUCGCCGGCGUUUACGACUCCAUCAAGCGCUCAAAUUCUAGUCUCGCGCGCCAGAAGAAACGACCGCUAGAAGACUCUAUCGAACGAGUCCUCCGCCUCCGGAGAGAAGAGCUGAAGGAGGAAGACGAGGAGGAGGCUCUGGACCAGCCGCCUCCCGAAUCCCCGGGAUCCAAGGAACGGGACUACUUUCUCCUGAACAAGCACAUCACCAAGUCUUGGAACAUUCCGAAGAAGCAGCCCGCAGCGACGACGCCCGAGGCAGCUACUCCAAGCGGCAAUGUUUCGGGCGUCGAAGGAGCCUCCGUCGCGCCCGCGGUGGAGAGGCAGUCCAAUGGGGAGGCCAAACUCAAGCGGCGCAAGACCGAAAAGCCCAAGGAAGAUCGCAGCCCGCCCAGCGGCGUGUCCUUGCACGACCUAGGCGGGAUGGACCACGCUAUCCAGGUCCUCGCCGAAUCCGUCACGUUUCCCAUCCAAUGUACCCAGUACUGCCUCAAAAACGACAUAGAGACCACUCGGGGGGUGUUGCUGCAUGGCCCCCCAGGCUGCGGGAAAACCAUGCUCGCAAAUGCCUAUGCCGCCUCGCUCGGAGUUGCCUACAUACCUGUUUCGGCCCCUUCGCUCAUUGCCGGUAUGUCGGGCGAGUCGGAAAAGAAGAUCAGAGAGCUUUACGACGAGGCCAAAUCCCUAGCGCCGUGCAUAAUAUUCAUCGACGAGAUCGACGUCAUCAUGGGAAAGCGAGAGAAUGCCCAACGGGAGAUGGAAAAACGCAUAGUGGCGCAGAUGCUGACGUGCAUGGACGAUUUAUCACCAGAAAAGCUGGGGGGCAAGCUCGUCGUGACGCUAGCCGCGACGAAUCGGCCAGACAGCAUCGACCCGGCGCUUCGACGCGCAGGACGCUUCGACCGAGAAAUCAGCCUCGGCAUACCCAACGAGGACUCUCGUGAGGCCAUCUUACGGAAGAUGCUCCGAAAAACCCACCUGUCGCCCGACUUUGACUAUCGGCUCCUGGCGAGGCGGACUCCUGGCUUUGUUGGUGCCGAUCUGAAGGAUGUGGUUUCCGUCGCGAAAAACGAGAUGGCCAGGGCCUCCAUGUCUAAGCUUACGCAGAACACAUCUGAGGCAGAAAUGGAUCUCGACCCGGGACAUGAGAUGUUGCCCGGGAUGCGGCUACACGUCUCUCUCAUGGCGGUACCGAAGGAGGCUAUGAUGGACGACGUGGCUGUGUUGACUAUGGAGCACAUGCUGACUGCCAUAUCGAAAGUGCAGCCGGCCGCCAAGAGAGAAGGCUUCUCGACAAUACCCGACACCACCUGGGCACAUAUUGGUGCUCUGCAUGACGUACGCCAGCAGCUUAUUCUGUCGAUAGUUAAGCCCAUCCAAGAUCCCGAGAGCUUUGCCAGCAUGGGUCUGGAAUCUCCUUCGGGGGUGCUCUUAUGGGGCCCCCCCGGGUGCGGCAAAACCCUCCUAGCCAAGGCGGUGGCGAACGAAUCCAAGGCGAACUUCAUCUCCGUUAAAGGCCCGGAGCUGCUGAACAAGUACGUAGGCGAAUCGGAGCGUUCCGUACGACAGGUUUUCAGCCGGGCGCGCGCGUCAGCUCCGUGCAUCAUAUUCUUCGACGAGCUGGACGCACUAGUCCCGCGACGGGACGGGAACGGCCUCGAGGCCAGCGCGCGGGUGGUCAACCAGCUCCUGACGGAACUCGACGGGAUCGGGAGCCGGCAAGGCAUCUACGUGAUCGGGGCCACGAACCGGCCGGACAUGAUCGACCCGGCGAUCCUCCGUCCCGGCCGGCUCGGCACCAACGUCUUCGUCGACCUGCCCGACGAAGACGGGCGCGUCGAGAUCCUCAAGACGCGCAUGCGGCGCCUCCUCCCCUCGUAUGCGGACUACGACGUGCUGGAGGCGGUCGCGCGCGACCGGCGGUGCGCCGGCUUCAGCGGCGCCGACCUCGACAACCUCCACGUGGCGGCGGGCCAGGCGGCUAUCAAGCGCGCUGCCGCCGCCGGGGGGCCCAAGGCGCUCCUCCCCGAAGACUGGGAGGCGGCGCUGGACAAGAUCCGCCCGAGCGUGUCGACGAGCCACUCUAGCAAGUUCAUGGAGCUGAAGGAGAUGGGAUGGGAUUGAGCGGCGCCAUCGCAGGGCGCGUCGAAGCGUGUACAUGGGUGAAUUAUCCCAGCCCCUCCCCGCCCACGCGAGUGGCGGCCAUGCUAUGCCUACUUGUGCCCAAGGCAUCUACUUGAGCCGCCCCGUUGGAUAGAAGGCACAUUAAUAGAAGGCAGCUCCUGUUCCCCCAAGUUGCGCGAUCCCCAGCGCCACUUACAAGCCGUGGAGACAGGUGGACAGUCUCCCGGAUUGGGGACAGCCUACCUUAUACCUGCUAAGCUGCC